CGACAUCAAACGAAUAGAAGGACCGACUGCAGGUCUUCUAGCAAGGUCUUCUGCUAUUGGUCUGAGCUCUCGCGCCACAAUUACGGAAGAUGAAAUAUUGGCUGCUCGCAACCAAUGGGUAUAGGGCAUGACAUAUGAUCAGAGGUCGCCAGAUAUAUGUCCAAAAGCUGAUCCGUUGUCAAUACGAGUCUCUCCAACUACCAUCCCGAUAAGUACCAGGUCUCCGACGGGCUUGAACUCAUAAAGGAUGGCAGCGUAACUCGCAGCCAUCUCAUCCUUCUCUUACACUCCCAUGCCAGAGUUCUCAGGCACCAUCAUCAGGCUCUUCAACGGUCUCAAGAAGAGACAAGCCACCGGCGAAGGUGGCUUGCUUACUGGUACUGAUCCAUCGGCUUUCGAUGUUACGGACCCGCUAAGGCUAUGGAUAAUCCAAGUCGGUGUCAUUAUAAUGAUGGCCCAGCUGCUUUCUCUAGGCUUGCGCAGAAUGAAGCAGCCGAAAGUCAUCGCCGAGGUGCUAGGCGGCAUCCUUCUGGGCCCAACUGCCUUUGGACGCAUACCCGGUUUUACCCAACACAUAUUCCCUUCACAGUCACUGCCAUACCUGACUCUCGUUGCAAACAUUGGCCUUUGCCUUUUUCUAUUCAUCGUCGGUCUCGAAAUUGAUGCCAGUAUCAUCAAGCGCAAUGCUCGUAUGUCAGCUGUUGUAUCGCUCGCGGGCAUGGCUUUACCCUUUGGCCUCGGGUCUGCGUUGUCUGUCCCCUUAUACCACCACUUCAUCGACCCUUCCGUCCAGUUCACACAUUUCAUGCUGUUUACCGGCGUCGCAUACUCCAUAACCGCUUUUCCCGUACUGUGUCGUAUUCUUACAGAGCUCAAGCUCUUGGAUACCACUGUUGGCAUAAUCGUCCUCUCAGCUGGCGUAGGCAAUGACGUCGUGGGUUGGACCCUCCUGGCAUUAAGCGUAGCCCUUGUUAACGCCGGUUCUGGUCUCACUGCAUUAUGGGUAUUGCUUUGUUGUGUGGCAUUCACACUUUUUCUUCUUUUGGUCAUCAAGAGAGUGAUGCUCUGGCUUGCCAGAGCCACAGGCAGUACAGACAAUGGCCCUACCAUGUUUUACAUGACUGUCGUUAUGAUCUUGCUUUGGGCAUGUGCGUUCUUCACGGAUAUCGUGGGCGUCAAUGCUAUUUUUGGUGCGUUCCUGGCCGGUAUUAUUGUACCGAGGGAGGGCGGUCUCGCUAUCGCUUUGACAGAGAAGCUGGAAGAUAUGGUCUCCAUUGUAUUUCUGCCCCUGUAUUUUACUAUCUCAGGGCUGAACACUAAUCUCGGACUCCUUGAUAACGGCAUUACUUGGGCUUUCACAAUCGCUAUCACAUGCCUUGCAUUCUUUGGCAAGUUUGGUGGAUGUACAGUUGCCUCGAGGCUGUCCGGUUUCAGCUGGCGUGAAGCUAGUACAAUUGGAGCACUUAUGAGUUGUAAAGGUCUCGUUGAGUUGAUCGUGCUUAAUGUCGGUCUCUCCGCUGGCAUUUUAUCUCAGAGGGUCUUCUCCAUGUUCGUGCUGGAAGCUUUGACGCUCACCUUCAUGACCACACCACUCGUCACAGCCUUGUAUCCUCCAGAACGGCGUGUCAGCGCCACUUCAGGUGGGGCUCAGCCCAAAACCCGUGACGAGGAGGGCGGUGAUUCUGACGAAGACAAGAAAUCUCUCGUGGACGAGGAGCAGCCAUGGCGAUAUCGCUUUACUGUCGUUCUCGACAAACUCGAACAUAUGCCGUGCAUGAUGGCCCUCACGCAACUCGUCCGUCCUCCCAUACCAUAUUUCUCCUCGCUCACCACCGCCGUGUCCAUGUCUGCUGCGUCUGAUCCCGCCCCUUUGAAAUACAAGACGCCCGAAGUGAACGUCAGCGCACUCCGCCUCAUCGAACUGUCGGAUCGUACGUCGGCGGUAAUGAAGUCAUCCACUACAGAUACCCUUAUCCAUACCGAUCCGCUCCUGGGCAUAUUCCGCAUGUUCGGAGAGCUGAAUGACUUGCCCGUGUCGACGUCGCUCAACAUCGUGCCGUAUGAUGACCUUGCCUACACCGUUGCGGAUCACGCCAAGCGAAACGCAUCCCAGCUCGUACUACUCCCGUGGUUGCCACCUUCCGUUAGUUCUGCUGAAACAAGCGAUGGCGGAACGCCACGGCGAGAGAAGUUCGAACACAACCCUUUCGAGGCCUUUUUCGGAACAUCAAGAGACAAGUCUGCGUCUGUCAUUCACUCGCAGUUCGUACGUGGGGUAUUCGCACAAAGUGAGACAGACGUCGCCCUGUUUGUCGAUCCUGGAAAUUACCCCAACACCGGUGCGGGGACAGGGAGCUCUCAUCACAUCUUUCUUCCAUUCUUUGGCGGUCCUGAUGACCGCCUCGCGCUGGAGUUUGUGGUACAGCUUUGUGUGAACCCGAAGAUUAAUGCGACGGUGGUGAAGAUGGAAAAGCACGAGCUUGAAACCUCGCUAACCGAGCGACCUCCUCCUGCACAUUCUGAUAUCAAAACAGAUACUGACUCGUUCGCACUGCACCACCAACACAGAGUAACGCUAACAUCGGCGAUAGGACCCCCAGACACUGUCUAUGGGCAGCCCGAUACCCAAACGCGCAUGCAGUCAGAAACAGCCGACAGUGUGAUUUGGUCGCGAUACGCGAGCCGCGAUCUAGCAGUAGCGGGCAUUCCUGCGCCGUUGCGUGCUGCACUUUCGCGGAUUGAUUUCUCUAAUCUCGCAUCUCCUGUCCCGCUGCACGCUGCGAUCCAGCGCGCGUCGAUGUACCAGCGGGUGUUGGUCGUCACUGGACGGUCAAAGCGGCUGGCAGUGGAGGACCAUAGUGCAGAGUUGAAGGAUCUGGUGGAGGAGCAUAGGAUAGUGGGGCAUGAGGUCAUGACGAAGACGAUUGGGGAUGUGGCAACUGCGUUUGUGGUGUCGGGGUGUGCGAGUGGGAUGGUUGUGCUGCAGGCUGCGAAGGCGACAACUGAGUAGGUGGUGGUGUAUAGUUUGGAACGGGGCUUGACAAAGCAUACCUUUGACAGGUGUUGCUAAUUCUUGGGAGAUGUGGACGUUUUUGAGACAGGACUCGACGAAAACUACUAAUCGUACCUCAACACUCGUUGCGUGGUGUUGCUUGGACUGUGUAUAUCCAUUAUAUCAUGUUGCUGCAGUUAAUAUACACGUUUUAAGAGAUAGACGUCGGACAGCAGUGCAUCGGGUAUCGAUCAAGGAAGAGUGGGGACUUGCAUA